AUGGCAAGUGCUGAGGCUGGGAAUAAAUGCGAUGGUAAAAAAAUUGCAGCAUAUGCUUUGGUUGGAUUUUCAGUACUUCUAACACUUAGGGUUGGUAUGAAUGGUGCUCCAUUCUGUAUGAAACGGUUUAAGAUACCUGAACAUUUGUUCAGUCUUUAUGUUAGUAGGGUUCACAAUUGUAUGGAACUUGGUUGUUCUGCUGGAGUUACUGCCGGUACAAUUUAUAAUAUAAAGUAUGGUGGUGAAUAUAAACAAAAAUGUGAAAAGGUUUCUAUCGGGAUUAAUUUGUUGUUCUUCCUUGUAAAUGUAGUUCUUUUAAUAGUAUUUGUCACUGGUGGAGAAGAGGGUCAUUUGACUGAUUUUUACUGGACAUUGGCCUUAUCUGCUUUUAUAUAUGGAAUGAAUUUAACCUUUAUUAUUAAAUUGGCCGGAGAUUGCAUAGUAUAUUAUUUGGCCACACUUCACGUUUCUGGUAUAUUUAUAUCACUUUACCAUUUCAUAUUUUUAAAACUAUUUGGCAACAGAAGGAAAUUUAACACUGAUUAUUUAAUUAUUAUGUGGCAAAUUAUUUUGUCCAUAAUAAUUACAGCAGCAACAGCAAGUGUUUGGACCAAAGCCUAUACUAAUGGCAAUGGUAAUGAUAAAUGUGGAGAAAAUGGUAGUUCUCAAAAGAAUGGCAAUGGUGGUUCUGCAGAGGUUGCAAUUUCACCGAUGAUAAUGUGUGUGUUUGCACAGUGUGUUGUAUAUAUCUUUUAUCCAGCUAUAGCUCCAGGUUUGUUAGUGGACUUUAGACAUGUCAAUAAGAUAGAUCAAGCACUUCUUAUUAUAGCUCCUAUUCCAUCAAUUACUUUUGCAGUACUUGAUGCAGCCAAACAAGAUAAAUACACACCUAAGAAUGAGUGGACAGGUGGAAAGGAGGCUUGGCAUGGAACCUUGAUAUUUAUUCCAAUUAUGAUUAUUUGUGGAUAUUUGUUUAUCAAAGCACUUCACUAUCCUCAUUCAGGUAUAUCUCUUGCAAUCAUUAAUAAUCCACGUAUGGUUGGGUUUCUUACAAUUCUUUUUUAUAUGAGCCAUAUGAUACUACUAGCGGUUGGAUUUCCAGGUGUAGAAAAAAAUUCUGGUUCCGCUAAGGACUAUCUUCCCACUAUAAACACUUUUAUGACUACUAUAUUCAUGGUUCUACUGAUUUUUUUUGGUGAGGGUUAUGUUAAUGAGUUUAAAAAACAUGACAGAUCCUAUUGGCCAACACAAGGAUUAUCAACAAAAAGAGCUUUUGGAUUCUGGUUUGAUAAAGCCAUUCAAAAUGCAUUCAAGAACUUUCUCUUAAUAUUCACCAGAGACCUUAGAAGAGAUUUAAUGUCAGCACUUGACUAA